AUGAAGCGCCGGAAUGACUACAAGGUGGCGAUGGCCGAGAGCGUUGAGCUGGAGCCGUUGGGCGGCAUGGACAAACUUUCCGAGACGGACAGCAAGAAACGGAACGGGAUAAAUAAAUUCGGUGGCGACAGCUCCUCACGACCGGUGCGCGAUGGCGUUGCCGUUUGUUCACAGAAACGUGCACUAUUUGUGACGGCAAUAGUGUUGGGAACAUUACUAGCAACGGCCCUAGUGAUAGCGUACGCCGGUCCACAAACAGUUUGCCCAUGUGCGGGGAAAAUACCGCCCGGGUACGUGCCGGAUGGUUACAACAGCUCGGAACCGUUUCAGCCGAUCGCUACCAACGGCCAACCAUUCCCGUGGCUGCUACCAACGUUACCGAACAACGUGAAACCAAAUCGGUACAUUCUAACAAUACAUCCCAAUCUAACGACGCUAGACGUAAAAGGUCAAGUGUCGAUAGAGCUGUACGUGGAGAAGGAGACGAACUUCGUGGUCUUGCACGCACAGGAUCUCAACAUUACCGAAAAGGCAUUGGUGGGACCGAAAGGAUUUGCGUUGAAAAUUCUCCGCAUGCUUGAGUAUACGCCGCGCCAACAGCUGUACAUCGAGACACGGGAAAAGCUGCGGAAAAAGGCAAACUACACGCUCAGCAUACGAUGGCACUCGAAAAUGAUUCUGGAUCAAUUCGAAGGAGAUUUCGAUAUGAAGAAGACAUUAGCCGCCACGGUUCUAAAACCAGGCAGCACCAGGAAAGCGUUCCCUUGUUUCGAUGAGCCACAUUUGAGAGCAGCAUUUAAAAUAUCACUUUUCCGUGAUCGGUUCCACAUAGGCUUGUCCAACUCUAUUGUACAGGAUACGGACGAUGUUGGCUUUUAUAUGGGAACUGGAUUGCUUAGAGACGAUUUUGCUGAAACACCGCCACUUCCACCGGAUUCGGUUUCGUGGGUCAUCAGUGACUUUAAGCGCGAACUGCUUGAACCAUCGGCAAAAUAUCAAAAAGUGAACGCAAGUGGCAACGGUGCUCCGGGUACAGCGGCUGGCAAACCAUCUGCCGGCACAACUGGAGCUGGGAUGGGAAAUGGGAAAUCCACCCCCACCAAAGUGGCCAAAACGGACAAAAAACCCUUCCGCCAUCUGACUGCAGUGUUACUGUCGAAGAAUUUGUUCAAGCUUACCAACCAACCACCCACGAAGGAACCUUCGCAGAAUGAAAGCAAUAUAGCGAUAAAUGCGGCCGAGUCAACCACAAUAGCGAAGCCGAAUGGAACCGUGCUGCAGGAACAAGAUGCGGUGUGGUCCGGCGACACUGCAAUGAUACGGACGGCACCGGCAUAUUCAUUCUACGCACCGGAAACUCACAUCGCCAAGGGUUCGUUUAUUCUGCACACCUCACGGGAUAUUUUGGAGUAUCUGCAGCAAUGGCUAUCGGUGGCGUACCCUCUGUCGAAGCUGGACUUUGUUGCGCUACCCUCGCUGCUGGACGAUUUGUCCAGCUCGCUUGGCUUGAUCGUAUGUCGGACGUCCUUCCUGAACGAACCAACCGCCAUUUCGUCUAAGGAGUACCACAUGUCGGUGGUAAAAAUUUCCGAAGGCAUCGUGAAGCAAUACUUCGGUGGACUCAUCUCACCGAAGACCUGGAAGCAUAAAUGGCUGUGGGAGGGUCUGAUACGGUACUUGAGCCGAUUUCUGCUGGCCACCAUUCAACCAUUAUGGCCGAUGAAGGAACUCUUUCUGAUCGAUACGCUAACGAAGGCGCUGGACAUUGAUGCGCUGCAGGGUUGGGAAAGUAUCAGUGUCGGUGCGAGCGAUUCCGGCAAUAAUGAUCCAUUCUACGUGGACAAAUCGGCGGCCCUGAUGUCGAUGCUACAGUCUGCCAUUGGAGAGCGAAAUUUUCGGCAGUGUUUGGGCAAGUUUCUGAAAACCUACCAGUUUCAGACGGCUGAACCAAGCGACCUGUGGGCGAUCUGUGCGAAACAAGUUAACAACAGCAAGUACGUGAAGGAAAUGAUGAACCAAUGGACCAACACGGCCGCCUUCCCCCUGCUGAACGUGACGAUGAACGGGACCAGUCUCAUUGUGAGACAGACCGGAUUCCGGCCGGCCGAGUACCUGGCAAUCUAUGACGAGCCGACGGAAGAGAUCGAGCUGGAAGGGGAGGUCGCACGCACCACCACAACAACGGCCGCACCGGUCGAUCCGACGGGCAAGGGUGCUGCCGAUGGAGGGUCACGGUGGAUCUUUCCCAUUCAUUACAUCACGGAUGUGUUAAACACAAAUGAAACAUCCAUCGAAAACAAGGAACAACAAAGUUUAAUCAUCUGGCUUAACUCGAGCGAAGUGAUAAUCACAUUAAACCAUACCGCACAAUGGAUCAAACUAAAUCACGGCCAAACGGGCUACUAUCGUGUUCUAUACGAUGAAGCAAACUGGGCUAAACUGGUCGAGCAGAUGCAAAUCAACAACGCUGUAUUUAGUACGCAGGAUCGCGUCGGAUUGGUUUCGGAUAUCUUCACACUGUGUCACGCUAAUCUCAUACCAUGCCACGCCGCAAUGGAGCUAAUUUCGUAUUUUCCGAAGGAAAAAGAAUGGGGCCCGAUCGUACUCGGCACCAGUCACCUUGAGAAGUGGCGCAAAAUUCUGAAAUAUUCCGAGUGCUACCUUGUGCUGGCGGAGUACGUGCGCCAAAAUUUGGAAAAGUCGAUCCAAGUGCUCGGUUGGGAAGAUACGGGCGAAGAUGAAACAAAGCUACUGCGCCCCGUCCUGAUGCUCAGUGCGGCACUCUGGGAGGAAGCGGAAACGAUCAAAUUUGCCAAGGGGCUGGUGACCAACUUUACCACCCAUUCGGUACCGAUACCUCCCAACCUGCGCUCCGUAGCGUACAUCGGUUCGGUACUGUCGGGUGAAUUUCAGUACUGGCAGUUCUGCUGGGAUCGCUAUAUGGCCGUACGGCGCGAAAAGAGCUCAGUGUUGGAGGAGCGCAUGGAGUUAUUACGUGCGCUCGGUGUUACGAAGGACGCUUGGCUACAGAACAGAUUGCUCUCGCACGUCAUCACACUUCCGGUGUUUGAGAUCGUACAAGUGUUGGACGCUAUUGCCGGCACACCGACUGGUGGUGCGAUGGCAUGUCGGUUUUUGCAGGCGAAAUGGUUCGACUUCCAGUCCAAGCUUGGCCGUGGCACUGUGCAGUUCGCUCGAGUUAUCUCCGCUAUCACGCAGUAUGGUUCGACCAAGUUCGAUUACGAUGAGCUGAAAUCCUUAGUGGAACGGUUUGGGGACGGGCCGGGCCUAAAGCUGCUUAACAUGACGCUCAGUACGGUGGCCGCCAACGUGGAGUGGGUAAGCCGCUCCCAAGCAUCCAUAUACAGCUGGAUCGAGAGCAAAUAUCACUUUUGAUUAGAGCACCGAGCAAUAGGGGAAGAGG